GUCAAAGGAAACCUGACUCCAUUCACUGGGCAAAACCGACUCUUAUUUUGAAAAGGACUAGAGGGGCUUCGUUUCCUGAUAGUUAUUUACUUUAAGAUGAUAAGUUUUUGGAAGGAUGUGCUGUUACAUUGAAUCAAUUACAAGUCGCGCUGGUUGAAACCCAUUACUAAGCGUAGCAGUGGAAGUAGAAAGAACGGAACAUAUGCUUCUCCUUACCCCACAGGAUUUUUGCUUUGCGGAUUAUCAUUGUAAGAAGACCAGAAACAUAUAUUGAGGAAAACCCCAAACGAAUGAAGCAUCUAGAUCAAUUUUAACUGAUCCAGCCUUUUCUUUUAAAGGGAAAAAGAAGAAAAAAAGGAUUCUAAAAGGUUUUGCAACAUGGCUGUCUUCUUGAAGACAUUCCUGAUUCUGGGAUGUCUCUUGCUUGGGAUCUCUAUAGGUCCCCAGUCAGUUGACUGUGAACAGCCGAUACCUGUCAUUUACCCUGAUAAAGAUGAACUCAUUGUGCAGCCCCACUCUUCCAUCAAUCUGAGCUGCUCUGGAGCAAGUGAGCUGAGCUGGGACGCCCCUGUCUCACUGAAAGAUGUCACUCUUGUAGAAGAACAUGUGAACACUGGACACUUCGUCACAUCUCUGCAUGUACAGAAUGCCUCUGCUUCACAUACUGGAUUCUACACCUGCAUGUAUGCACCAUUAGAUAAUAACAACGAGGAGGUGGAUGGGAGCUCAGUUUACAUUUUUGUUCCAGAUCCAGCAGUGGCUUUCCUUGUCCACGAAGAUCCACUCAGUAAACAUGUUCUUCCAAGUCCCUUUGGUAUGGAAAUUCCGUGCCGUGUAUCUGAUCCGCGGACACACGUAACCCUCGCCAACGCAGAUACAGGCAUCGAGGUGGACAGCCAGUAUGACAACAAAAGAGGCUUCAUUGGGAUCUUCCCUCCCGGAACCUACAUUUGUAAAACCACUGUCAAUGGAGUGAAAACUCAAAGUGAAGAAUAUAUAGUCCACGGAGAAAUAGAGCUUUCUGAACUCCAUGUUGAACUAGAGGUGAAUCAGGCAGUGCUGAAGGAAGGGGAGCAUAUCUCUUUAACUUGCAUAGUCAGUGGGGACCACAUGUUCCAGCAGGACUGGCAGUACCCUGGGAAACAGGCUGGCAGAGGAGUGCAGGACGUGAAGAAUAUGCAAGAUGGUGAGGUGCGGUACACGCUGAGUAUUCCUCGAGCCUCUGUGAAAGACACUGGAGAUUACAAAUGUUCUGUAACACAAAUGGAAGACGAGACAAUAGUGAGGGCAAAGAACAUAACUGUUUAUGACAAAGGAUUUAUAACUUUGGUUCCCGCGUUUGGCCAAAUGGAAUAUGCAAACUUAUAUGAUGAUAAGGAACUCACAGUGAACAUUGAAGCUUACCCAGCACCAAAAGUGACCUGGUUGAGGGAGAGUGUUGCAAUCAAUGAAGGCUAUGCAGUGACAACCCAUAUAAGUGGAAUCAGGUAUCAAAGUACUCUGAGACUGAUUAAUGCAAAAGAGGAGGACAUCGGAAACUAUACUAUUAAGGUUGAGAAUGAAAAUGAGCAAACUAGUUACACAUUUUCUUUAAGGGUGAAAGGGCCUCAUUUACCUCUGCACGAGCUGGCAUUGCCAGUUAUCUCCCCCCAUAAAGAGGAACUCAUUGUGCAGCCUCUAUCCUCUUUCAAACUGAGCUGCUCUGGGGAGAGCGAGGUAGUCUGGAAUGCCCCUGUCGAGGACAGUCAGGUCAUGCUUGAGGAGGAAGAAGACAACAGUGGACUCUUUGUGACUUCUCUUAACGUGCAGAAUGCCUCAGCUUCCAAUACAGGAUACUACUCCUGUUACUACUCAGCAGCGAACAAUACAGAGGAUGCUAAUCUGGAAGAGAGCUCCAUUUAUGUUUAUGUUCCAGAUCCAGCAGUUCCUUUUAUCCCCCCUCUAAACCAAUUAAGUCAACACGUUCCUGCAACAUAUGAGGACAUGGAAAUCCCUUGCCGUGUAACUGACCCACAUUCAAAUGUUACCCUGACCAAUGCAGACACAGGCUUGACAGUGUCCAGCAUGUACAACAGCAAAAGAGGCUUCAUUGGGGUCUUUCCUGAAGGGACCUAUGUAUGUGAAACCAUCAUUAAUGGCAUGGAAAUCAUGAGUGAAGAAUAUAUAGUGCAUGGCUGGAGAGAAACCUCUGAACUUCAAGUUGAGCUAGAGGCUCCAAAAACAGUGUUUAUGGAAGGGGAACCUAUCGUCAUUACCUGUGUAGCCAGGGGGAAUGAAAUGCUUGAGGACCACUGGAAGUACCCUGGGAAACUGGCUAACAGAGGACUGAAGACUGUGAAGGAAAACAAGAAGGACGUUGAAAUUCGGUACACUCUGAGUAUCCCACAGGCCUCUGUGAAGGACAGUGGGCUCUAUGAGUGCUCCAUAACCCAUGUGAUGAAUGAUGAGCUACAAGUCAAGAAAGUCACCAUCACAGUUUACGAGAAAGGAUUUAUUACUUUGGACCCAAAGUUUGCCAAAAUGGAAUUUGCCAAGCUACAUGAAGUAAAGGAAUUUAAAAUGAACAUCAAAGCUUACCCUGAGCCUAAAAUGACCUGGUUUAAAGAUGGUGUUAUUCUGAAUGAAGACAACACAGAAAUAACCAGCACCAAGACAGAAAUCAGUGAAACCAGAUAUCAGAGUACCCUGACGCUCAUUCGUGCAAAAGAAGAGGACAGCGGCAACUACACCAUUUUAGUCCAGAAUGGAAAUGAGAGUGUUAGUUACACAUUUUACAUGCAAGUGAAAGUUCCAGCAGCCAUAGUGGAUCUGAUGGAUGUUAACCACGGUUCCAAUGGUGGACAGUCGGUGGUGUGCAUAGCUGAUGGGUUACCUAUACCCCAAGUUGAAUGGUUCAUUUGCAAGAACAUCCAAAAAUGUGCCAAUGAUUCAUCACAGUGGACUCCUUUGUCCAUAAAUUCAACUGAUAUCACUAUUGAAACCCAUCUAGAUGAAGAGAACAAGAUUGAAAGUGAAGUGACAUUUGCCAAACUAGAGGAUACUUUGGCAGUGAAGUGUCUAGCUAAGAAUGAGCUUGCUGCAGUGGCCCGAGAAGUAAAACUAAUUUCACAUGUUUUACAAUCCGAGUUAACAGUGACUGCUGCAGUGCUGGUCCUGCUGGUCAUUGUCAUCAUCUCACUGAUAGUGCUCGUCAUUAUCUGGAAACAGAAACCCAGAUACGAGAUUAGAUGGAGGGUGAUUGAGUCCAUCAGCCCAGACGGCCAUGAAUACAUCUACGUGGACCCCAUGCAGCUGCCCUAUGACUCUAGAUGGGAGUUUCCUCGUGAUGGACUUGUACUUGGCCGAAUCCUUGGGUCCGGUGCUUUUGGCAAAGUGGUAGAAGGAACUGUAUAUGGGUUAAGCCGUUCACAGCAAGUGAUGAAAGUUGCUGUAAAAAUGUUGAAACCCACAGCAAGAUCCAGUGAGAAGCAAGCCCUCAUGUCUGAACUAAAGAUAAUGACUCACCUGGGGCCGCAUCUAAACAUUGUCAACUUGCUGGGGGCAUGCACUAAGUCAGGUCCUAUUUAUAUCAUUACUGAAUACUGCUUUUAUGGAGACCUGGUUAACUAUCUGCAUAAGAACCGUGAAAAUUUCUUAAAUCGACACCCAGAGAAAGCGAAGAAAGAUCUCGAUAUCUUUGGUAUCAACCCUGCAGAUGAAAGCACUAGAAGCUAUGUGAUCUUGUCUUUUGAAAACAAAGGAGACUACAUGGACAUGAAGCAAGCUGAUACAACGCAGUACGUGCCAAUGCUGGAGAUGAAGGAUGGUUCAAAGUAUUCUGACAUCCAAAGACCAAAUUAUGAUCACCCACCUUCACAUGAGCAAAAAUCACUAACUGAUACUGAAGUAAACAAUUUGCUGUCAGAUGACAGCAGUGAAGGUCUCACUGUAAUGGACCUGUUGAGCUUCACAUACCAGGUGGCGAGAGGCAUGGAGUUCUUGGCUUCCAAAAAUUGUGUUCAUCGUGAUUUGGCUGCAAGAAAUGUCCUGCUGUCUCAAGGAAAAAUUGUGAAAAUCUGUGAUUUUGGAUUAGCUAGAGACAUCAUGCAUGACAACAACUACGUUUCUAAAGGCAGUACUUUCCUCCCCGUGAAGUGGAUGGCACCAGAAAGCAUUUUCGACAAUAUGUACACAACGCUGAGCGAUGUCUGGUCUUAUGGCAUCUUGCUGUGGGAAAUCUUUUCACUAGGUGGAACGCCUUAUCCUGGAAUGGUGGUGGACUCCAGCUUUUACAACAAAAUCAAAAGUGGCUACAGAAUGACAAGACCUGAACAUGCAAACAACGAAGUGUAUGAGAUGAUGAUGAGGUGCUGGAGCAGCGAACCAGAAAAGAGACCCUCCUUCUACAGCCUGAGCGACACUGUGGCAUCUUUGUUACCUGUGGAAUACAAGAAGAGCUAUGAAAAGGUGAACCAUGACUUCCUGAAGAGUGACCACCCUGCUGUUACCCGAAUGAAAGCAGAAACUGAAGACGCUUACAUCGGUGUCACGUACAAAAAUGAGAACAAGCUGAAGGGCAGGGAGAGUGGGUUCGACGAGCAGAGACUUAGCUCCGACAGCGGCUACAUCAUCCCCCUGCCAGACCUGGACCCUGUCUCAGACGAUGAGUACAGCAAGAGGAACCGGCACAGCUCCCAGACUUCUGACGAAAGUGCCAUAGAGACAGGUUCCAGCAGUUCCACAUUCAUCAAGCGGGAGGGCGAAACGAUUGAGGACAUUGAGAUGAUGGACGAUAUGGGGAUGGAUUCAUCUGAUCUGGUUGAGGACAGUUUCUUGUAAUCUCAGAUUUAUGCAAGCCAAAUCUGAAAGUGAUUUGUCAAAUAUCAAUUCAGAGGACUUUUUUAUUUUUUAUUUUUUACCAAAAACAUAAAUAAUAACAUUAAUAGUAACCACUUAGCUGCAUUGAUGAGCAUGCAAAAGAGACUCAGGUGGUGCUUUGAAAAGCAGAGUUCAAGCAGAAGAGAAAGGGAAUCCCAAAAAGACAAUAUGAACUUAUGAAACAUAUCAAGCUCACACGUGUUCUGUGGGCUUCUUCCUCUGGUACUCUUCGGUAUGUUGCUUUCUGCAGGCAAUGCUUCAUACAAAGAUGAAGGGGAGCACUGCCAAAAAAGACUUUCUAUGUUUUGUGGGCAUUUGUUUAGAUAGAAACACAUCAAGAAGCAUCAACGGAAUAUAUUAUCAGUGUACUUGUGUUGAGCAAAAACUUUAUUUUAAGUGCAAGUAACUUGCAUUGUAACAGCAUCCAAAGAGGCAUUAUAUGUAUAUCAUGUCUCUUGUCUUUGAAACCACUAAGGUUGUUUAAAGCAGACAUAUCAAAGUGAGGUGAUCCUUGGAGUGAUGCAAAAAAGGUACAAAUUCUGCUUUAAAAAAGCCACCCCACUAACAAUGUAUGGAUAGAAUUUAGGCAGCUGACUGAAUCUUCUGUACAGAGUUGUUACAUGUCACAGAACCUGCGGUUGCUUUUCUGUUUUAUGUAGAUUUUAGUGGCAUCCAGAACCAUUCAAUGCAGUCAUUAGUUUCAUGAACAGCAGUACAUGGUAAAGCACAACGUUGAAUGUAUUAUGUGUUUUGUUUGUGGUAUGUCAUCAGCAGCUAAAGCUGUGGAGAAGUCAUGUAAAAAAAAAUAUAGUGACUUGGGUGGGCUUAGAUUGGGCGAAACUUACAACAGUAGAUCUACAAAUUUAUGAAGUCAACUGUCCUGUUUUUAUCAAUAACACAUAAAGGAGACCAUUGACUGUCUGCUACCUUGCAGUCCAUUAAAAGACGACCUUGACUUUUGCUUCUCAAAAGAUUUACGACGUAUUUAUUUCAACAAAAUAGCUCUUAUUAAGUAGCUCUGAAGUCCAAAAAAAGAUUUUAAAGGGACCAAUCAGAGUAUCUGAUUAAAAUUACCUAGAGAAUGGAAUGGCUGAAUGGAAGUCUGUGUUAGGUUAAGUAUACAACCAUAUACCAACAUUGGUAAUGUUAAACUGUUGUUUUGUACAAAGAUAUAUAUUUUUUAAUAUAAAAACAGUUUAUACUGACUAGAAUGCAACAUUUUACAAAGUUUCUGCACACCAAUCAGUGUAUGAAAGAAAAUAGGUUUAAAUCUGUUCCAGAGGCCCCCUCCAAGAAUUAUGUAUGAAAUCAAACAGCCCGUCCCCUAACUUAACAUUAGAAUAAGUUACAAGUCUGAAAUGUGGAAUAAACCUGUAUAGAUAUCUUUUACCUAAUGAAGGACAUUAGAAGAAUAUAUCAUGAUGUUAUACAUCAAUUUGUACAUAUGUAUUUCUUAUAUAGUCUUUUAAAAUACUGCCAAAAUAUUUCUGUCUAGCUGUAUCACUGCCUCUGUGAAUAAUGUAAGUGUUCGACUGUGAUGUACUCUGCAGGAACGUUAAACUGUUGCACUUUUUUGUCUUUUUUUAUUUUUCAAAAUGUUUAUUUAACAUCACAAAACAGAAGUUUCCAAAGUGCCAGUGUUUUGAAUUUUGAGGAGAUGGAAAGGAAAAGUGUGGUGAAUCAUUUGUUAUAAAAGGUACAAUUAUAUGUAACCCAAUACCCCUUUUUUUUUUUUUUUUUUUUGAUUUUU